UGGUUGCUGGCUCCCUUCUACUGCCUUCACCUCUACUGCCAUGACCGCGGACGCAUUCAAAUGUCCUGCCUCUGCACCGCCAAGAUGGUGCUGGGUUUCCUGCUGGCCUCCUUUGGCUUCGUGGAGUUCUUCUACAUCCUGCUAGAGAGGAGCCAGGAGAUUGAGCAUCACAUGGUCUUCCUACUCAGCCCCAUCAUACGCAGCAUGACUGUGAUCCUGACCUUAUGCAUCAUCCAGUUGGAAAGAAUCAGAGGCUGCCGUUCCUCUAUAUUCCUCUUCCUGUUCUGGGUCUUGGCUGUUGUUUGCUCCCUGGUGCCUCUCAGAGCGAAGAUCCAGCUGGCCAUGGAUGAGGGCAUCACCUCUGAUAUUGUUCGAUACCUCGCCUUCUUCUCUUACUUCACCAUCCAACUGGCUCAGCUCUUCCUGUGCUGUUUUGCUGACCAACCUCCAGAGGGAAAACCCGUCUUGGAAAAGAAUCCCUGUCCUGUAAAAGAUGCCUCUUUCCUGUCAAAGAUCCUCUUCUGGUGGUUCACUGGGCUUGUUGUGAAAGGAUACCGCACUCCACUGGCAGCAGAGGACCUGUGGACCCUGAGAGAGGAAGACACGUCACACAAGAUCAUCUCUGAGCUGCAAGAGGACUGGACAGCUGAAUGUGCCAAAAUUCAAAAUCUUCUUUUGGGUUUCAUGAGAGAUGAGGACGCUCCAUUGUGGAAAGGCUAUUUCUACGCCACUCUUAUGUUCCUCCUCUCCUGUCUCCAGUCCCUCUUCAACCAUCAGUACAUGUACACUUGCUUCACAGUGGGAAUGAGGGUGAAGACAGCUGUUAUGGGCUUGGUUUACAGGAAGUCUUUAGUGAUAAACAGUGCUGCCAGGAGGACUUGUACUGUGGGCGAGAUUGUGAAUCUGGUUUCAGCAGACACUCAGAAGCUCAUGGACUUUGUGGUGUACUUCAACGCUGUAUGGCUGGCUCCUAUUGAAAUUGUCCUUUGUCUCUUCUUCCUCUGGCAGCAUCUUGGACCAUCUGCUUUGGCAGGAAUUGCCACGGUCAUUCUCAUUUUUCCACUGAACGGAUUCAUAGCAAAGAAAAGAAGCAAGCUGCAGGAGAUCCAGAUGAAGUUCAUGGAUGGCCGCAUCAAACUGAUGAAUGAGAUCCUGAAUGGAAUAAAGAUCUUGAAGUUCUAUGCCUGGGAGAAGGCCUUCCUGGAGCAGGUUUUGGGAUACAGAGAAAAGGAGCUCAAGGCCCUGAAGAAGUCUCAGAUACUUUAUUCCAUCUCCAUUGCAUCCUUUAACUCCUCUUCAUUCCUGAUUGCCUUUUCCAUGUUUGGAGUCUACGUAAUGCUCGAUGACAGGAACGUCCUGGAUGCACAGAAAGUUUUUGUCUCAAUGGCGCUGAUCAACAUUCUGAAGACCCCACUUAGUCAGCUUCCAUUCGCAAUAAGCACAACCAUGCAGGCUGUGGUUUCACUGAAACGUCUGGGAAAGUACCUGUGCUCAGAGGAGUUGAAAGUGGACAAUGUGUCAAAGGCUCCACUUAGUUCUGACGGGGAGGAUGUGGUGAUAGAAAAUGGCACUUUCAGCUGGUCUGCAGAGGGCCCUCCAUGUCUUAAAAGGAUCAGCAUCCGUGUGCCACGGGGUUCCCUCGUUGCUGUGGUUGGACAUGUGGGCAGUGGAAAGUCCUCAUUGUUGUCAGCCAUGCUCGGGGAAACAGAGAAAAGAAGCGGCCAAGUCACUGUGAAGGGCUCUGUGGCGUAUGUGCCCCAGCAGGCCUGGAUCCAGAACGCCACAGUUCAGGACAACAUAAUUUUUGGCCGCGAGAAGCUAAAGACAUGGUACCAACGUGUGCUGGAGGCUUGCGCCCUGCUGCCCGACCUCGACAUCCUACCUGCUGGAGAUACUACAGAAAUUGGAGAGAAGGGACUGAAUCUCUCAGGUGGACAGAAGCAGAGGGUGAGCCUGGCCAGGGCUGUCUACAGGAAGGCUGAUGUAUACCUGCUGGAUGAUCCACUGUCUGCUGUUGAUGCACAUGUUGGUCAACACAUCUUUGACAAAGUUAUUGGACCAAAAGGAGUGCUCAGAGACAAGACCCGCGUCCUGGUGACCCAUGGCAUGAGCUUCCUGCCGCAAGCUGACCUCAUCCUUGUCCUGGUAGAUGGAGAAAUCACAGAGAGUGGCUCCUACCAGGAGCUCCUCAGUCGCCAUGGCGCCUUUGCUGACUUCAUCCACACCUUUGCCAACACAGAGCGAAAAGAGAGUGCCAUACAGAGAGCUGGUUCCAGGAAGUCCAAUGCUCGUCUCAGCAUGGUCGAUUUCAUGCCGUUCUCCAGAGACUUGUCACAGGAGCAGCUCAUUGGGGGUGACACCACUAAUACUAACCUGCAGAAUAUGGAGCCUGUGUCUGAAACAGACCAGGAACAGGUCCCCGAGGACUUGGGCAAGCUGAUGGAGGUUGACAAGGCCCGCACUGGAAGGGUGAGGUUGGAGAUGUACAAAAAGUACUUUAAGACCAUUGGCUUGGCCAUCAUCGUUCCCAUCGUCUUCCUGUACGCCUUUCAGCAGGGCGCCUCACUGGCCUACAACUACUGGCUCAGCAUGUGGGCUGACGACCCAGUUGUUAACGGCACCCAGAUUGAUACAGACCUGAAACUGACCGUCUUUGGGGCACUGGGCUUUGCGCAAGGUGUCGCUAUCUUUGGUACGACUGUUGCUAUCUCCAUCUGUGGCAUCAUAGCCUCUCGCCACCUGCACAUGGACCUGCUGAUCAACGUGCUACGCUCUCCCAUGUCUUUCUUCGAGUGCACACCCAGUGGCAACCUACUCAACCGCUUUGCCAAAGAGAUUGAUGCCAUUGACUGCAUGGUGCCCGAUGGCUUGAAGAUGAUGCUGAGCUACGUCUUUAAACUCAUGGAGGUCUGCAUCAUUGUGCUGAUGGCGACGCCCUUUGCAGCCGUGAUCAUCCUGCCUCUUGCUUUCCUCUAUGCCUUUGUCCAGAGCUUCUAUGUUGCCACAUCCUGUCAGCUGCGGAGACUGGAGGCUGUGAGCCGCUCACCCAUAUACACCCACUUCAAUGAGACGGUGCAGGGUGCCAGCGUCAUUCGGGCCUUUGGAGAGCAGUCCAGGUUCAUUGUGCAAGCCAAUGACAGGGUAGACUUCAAUCAGACAUCGUACUUCCCCCGAUUUGUGGCCACCCGGUGGCUGGCAGUCAAUCUGGAGUUCAUUGGUAAUGGUGUGGUAUUAGCAGCUGCCAUUCUCUCUGUGAUGGGAAAAAACACCCUGAGCCCAGGCAUAGUUGGUUUGGCUGUUUCACACUCCCUCCAGGUUACUGGAAUCCUAAGCUGGAUUGUGAGAGCCUGGACCGAUGUGGAAAACAAUAUUGUGUCUGUGGAAAGAGUAAAUGAGUAUGCGGAAACUGCUAAAGAGGCUAGUUGGAGUAUAGAGGGCAGCUCCUUGCCUCAGGCCUGGCCCCAGACAGGAACUAUAGAGUUCCACGACUAUGGGCUGCAGUACCGUAAAGGCCUUGAGUUGGCACUGAAGGGCAUUACUUUGAACAUUCACGAAAGAGAAAGGGUCGGUAUUGUGGGUAGGACUGGAGCUGGGAAGUCCUCACUUGCCCUGGGGAUCUUCAGGAUCUUAGAGGCAGCAAAGGGAAAGAUCUUUAUAGAUGGAGUCAACAUCGCAGACAUUGGACUCCAUGACCUCCGAUCACGAAUUACUAUCAUUCCUCAGGACCCUGUUCUGUUCUCUGGCUCCCUCCGAAUGAACCUUGACCCCUUUGAUACCUACACCGAUGAAGAAAUUUGGAGUUCAUUGGAGCUCGCUCAUCUCAAGAACUUUGUCUCUAAUCUGCCUGACAAACUCAACCAUGAAUGCUCAGAGGGAGGAGAAAACCUCAGUCUGGGUCAGCGCCAGCUAGUGUGCCUUGCCAGAGCCUUGCUGAGGAAAACCAAGAUCCUGGUUUUGGAUGAGGCAACAGCUGCUGUGGACCUGGAGACAGACACACUCAUCCAGUCAACAAUCCGCACACAGUUUGAAGACUGCACUGUCCUGACCAUCGCUCACCGCCUUAACACUAUCAUGGACUACACUAAAGUCAUUGUUAUGGACAGAGGCCACAUCUCUGAGAUGGACUCUCCAGCCAACCUCAUCGCACAGCGGGGACAGUUCUACCGAAUGUGCCGGGAAGCUGGGCUGGUCUAGGCAGGGCCUCGUACCAUGGAGCUGUUUACCUGGUGUACACAUGUGGCACUGUAGUUGUGUGGAUCUCCAACACAUGUUGAAUCAGCCAUUCCAAGCUUUGUGGCAGCUCAAAACGCCUCCCCACAAGGGCAUUGUCGAUGAAUCUCAAGAGAAGGUGCUGACCCAGUCCCUAUUUGUAGGUUUAUAACACACACGGACAUACUGUCCUAAAUCAGGAAAAGACAUUGUUAACCUCAGAUAAUGAACAUUCAACAGAAAGCUACAAUGGAUUGUUGAGAGUCUGCAAGCUAUAAAUAUUGUAUAUAGAAUAGUGGAGUCUGUUUAUUCCAGGGAAGAGUUAAGCCAAAGGCUGGAAUAAAACACCACAAAUCUUAAGGAUUUUCAUUCUCUUUUUGAAUGGGAAUUAUAUUAUUUUUGUAGUUUUUGUAAGUGUUAUAAAGCACAUGACAUAUUUUUUUGAUGUUGUCUCAGGCUUAAAUGAUGAUGUUUACUCACUUUUUUUAGCCUUGUGUAAGAAAAAAGAGGCACUUUUGUAAAUGUAAAUUGAUUGAAAUCUAUUUUGUCUUCUUGUCCCAGGAACUGGGACAGGAAAUACUCUGACACACUAACCUUCAGAAGGUUCACCCCGGAAAACGUAGGGGAAGUGAGGUUUUCAUAGCCUUCAAAAUCUGAGCUUGAAGCUGCAAAUUUAGAGUUUUUAUAUGUCAGGGGAAAAGAGGAAAACAUUAAGUGAGCCAAGACAUUAGCAUCCGUCCAACUAUGUUGUGGCUGUUGUUUAUUUCUGUCAAAGUAAACACAUAAAAAGUCAAUAGAGACCUUUCUGGUCAGAUUUAACCUGAAGCCGGUAGUGAAAACCACCAUGAAUGAAGAGAAUGCCUCUUCAAAACAGUGGUGAUAAAUCUCUGUGUGUGAUUGUCUCUCUGCCUCCACCACACAACUCAGGCCAUGCAUAUAUGUGCAGAGAAAAAAGAAAGAAGUCAGUAUUGUUCUUUUUACUUUGACUACCAAAUUGACACUUUACUCUUGAUUCAAAGAACCCAAAGAACUGAACUUUUCAAAGAGAAGAGGCAUUUACUGUUUUUGUCUUACUGGUUUAGACAAUAUAUUCAAAGAGAAACCCUAUAGUUUAUUUAUGUCAUAUGACAAAAUGUAUUAAGUGUCCUUAAAAUUCUGAGGAUUGUAUUAUAUUUAUACUUUUUAUAACAAGCUUGUUCAUUUUUCACUGACCAUUUACUGUUGAUGUACUGUCUUGUUCCAUACAUCAUGCUGGACAAUAAAAUGUAUUUGAAUCUACAUCAUGGUUAUGCUUGAAUUCAUAUAUGUUAAAGGGAGUGUGUAUCAGGAAAAAAUUAAUUAAAAAACGUUUCUGGGCAGCUCUUAAAAAACACAUUAAAAUUAUGAUAUAGAUUUAUCACAAAGAAACACCAAGGCAAGUUGAAAUGACAUUGUAGUAAUGGUUUAGCCCUAAGUAUUAACAUCAGAGAUCAAUAUUAAGUCUUAGUCUGUCAGAGCAAUUCUUGAGAAUUUCAGGGUAAGUCUCAGUGUCAAUGGCUAUG